AAAUUCAGACGAGAAAACUGUGUAAUUUCUGAGCAAAUGAUGGCCCAAAACGCAGAUUUGAUUGGUCAGUGUGUAAUUUCUGAGUAAAUAGUGGCCCAGAACGCUAAUUUGAUUGGUCAGUGUGUAUUUCUGGGUAAAUGGUGACCCAAAGUGUUUGUUGUUCUGUUCUGUUUUAAAGAAAUCGAACUUGUAUUGGAACAACCAUGUAAUUUCAUUGACUUCGCAUUAUAAUCGUAUCAUGUGGUUUUUCUCUUUUAGAUAUUGCAUACCUGAUAAAAAUAUACAGAAAACUAAUUAAAAGAACUUCUCUGUGAUAUAUAAGCAGCCACCAUGAAUGCUGCUUUAGGCCCUGUGGCCAUGCUUUUGUUUGCCUUGGUCGUCACAGGAUAUCUCAUUCAAAAGCGCUUGCCACCACCUAAACCCAAAAUAGUUGGUAUUGAUUUAGGUACCACAUUUUCAUGCAUCAGUACGUACGAAUUUUCUUCUGGCAAUGUGACAGUGUAUAAAGACAGUAACGGUAAAAAAAUUAUUCCAAGUGUUGUAGCCGUCUUGGAUGGUGAAGUUUUGGUUGGUUAUAAAGCUGUCGAACAGAUUGAAAUUAACAGCAAAAAUACAAUAUUCGACGCUAAACGAUUUAUUGGGAAAAAAUUCGCGAAAGAAGACUUAGCUAAGAUGACUAAAAACUAUGCGUUUAGUAUGAACCUCUCCCCGGAUAACGAUCCAAUAUUUAGCGUAAAACUAAAAAACGGCACUAGAACAUUCUCUCCGGAAGAUAUUGGCGCAAUUAUAUUAAGAAAGUUGAAAAAGAUGGUAGAAUCUGAGAUCAACCGAGAUGUACAUCUAGCCGUGAUUAGCGUACCUGCAGACUUUGACGAAGCGCAAAGAAAUGCGACUAUUGAAGCUGGCAGGCGAGCAGGUUUAAAAGUCUUGCGGGUGAUUAAUGAACCCACUGCUGCUGCCUUAGCGUAUGGUUUGCACAAAAAAGCAGGUACCAACGUCGUGAUCGUUGUUGAUUUUGGUGGUGGCACGCUGGACGUGUCUUUGUUAUAUGUUCAAGGUGGCAUGUUUGUCACCAUGGCAAUGGCUGGCAACAAUCGCUUAGGAGGGCAAGACGUUAAUAAUAAUCUCAUAAACUUCUUCAGGAAGAAGAUUGCCGACAAGUUUGGCGUCGUCGAAAUUCAUUCGAACGAUUUGCAGAUCAUUCGAGAUGAAGUUGAAAUUGUAAAAGUCAAUUUAACAUUUAGCGAGAAAGUCAUGUUCAAAGUCCAUCUAAAUACAACGUCUUCACUAACGGGAAAACAAAUAGAUUUUCUAUACCCUUUGUCACGCGUGGAAUUCAAUAAUAUCAACGAUAAACUUUUCAAAAGGGUUUUACGGCCAAUUGAACACGUUUUAACGGAUGCCGAAACGGCGAUUGACUCCGUAGACGAGAUUGUACUGGUAGGCGGCUCAACGCGUAUCCCACGUGUAAGAGAACUUAUUACUGAAUAUUUUAAUAAAGUACCUAACACUGCAAUCGACCCAGACAUCGCUGUUGGUAUCGGUGUCGCAGCUCAGGCUGGCAUUAUGGGAAAUGGAUGGCCAUUGAAAGUUGCUGCGGUUGAAAUACAAAAUAAAAUUCGUAAAAUACAUGUUCAUGAAGAAGAAAUUCAAGAAGAUUUGUAAUGUAUUUAUAUAUUUAUUUAUUAUAUAGUUAGUUUAGGGGUCUUAUAAGAGUAAAUACAUAUAAAUCUAAAAACAGUGAUGGCUGUUGAUAAAAAUAGACGGCGGCUUAGCCUUUUUUAAUAAGCAUUUUAUUUAUUCUAUCUUAAUGGUACUAAUUUUCGCAGGUUUGUUAUUUUCGAUUUCAGCUAAAUUCGAAAGAUUUUGUACCCGCGAAAAAGUUGAAGUGAUGCGUGUAAUUUGUGAAAUUUUAUGUCAGUAUGCUAGCAGGAUAGAAGAAAGCCCAAAGCUUACGCCAAAAUUAUAACAAAGAAUCGUAAAAGUGUACUUUUGUGUGGAUUUUUUAUUUAGAAAUGGUUUUUCUUGCGAAAAUGUUUGGUAGCUAACCUUUUUACUUUACUCGCAAGAGUUAUUUCCUUUAAAACUUUAUACAAUCAUCUGCGAAAAUGAAUUUCCGCGAAAUGCGUUUUUAGAUCCGCGAAAAUAUGUACCUGGAAAAAUUAGUACCAUUAAGGUAGGUUUAGAACACAGCCAAAAUCAUUAGAUGUAGCUUCGCGAAACUUCGGCUUGAAAUUAAAACAAUAAUUAAGACUGAAGUCGUGGCUUCUAUGUUUCUUAUAAAAACUUAAUUAUUCCACGUGUUAAUUAAUUUGCGUCUUUUAAUAUUUUGAAUUCGUUAAAACGAUAUAUUUUUAUCCUUACUUAUCCUUAUUUUUAGUACCUUAAUACUUGUUAUAUUUUUUUUAUAUUGAAUCAACAUACACCUGAUGUGUAACUCAAAUAAAACUAACUACAACCUGG